AUGCAACGUUAUUUCAAAUUGGAGACUUACGUCGGAAAACUGUUGAUGAGUUACCUUAAUAAAUAUGUUAAACUGAGAGAUGACCAAUUUGCAAUGUCCAUUUGGGAUGGUGAUCUGACACUAACGCAACUAGACUUACGAUUGGAUUUUCUAGAGGAUAUUAUUCCAUUCCCAGUAAAUUUCCGAUCUGGUCAUGUACAUGAAUUAAGAAUCCAUGUACCAUGGACUAAAUUAAAUUCCGAAUGUAUUGUUAUUUCAUUGCACACUGUUGAAUGUAUUUUUGGUUUAAAGAAACCCAAUGUUAAAGAAAGAGAUCAAAAUAAACAAUAUCCGGCGGAUUUCGCAGAUCUAUACUCGUACAAAAAUCACUCUAUGCCCACAAAUGUUCCUCCUGGUUAUUUGGAAGUUUAUAUUCAUCGUCUACUUUCCAAUAUUCACUUUGUUGUUCACAACUUAAAUUUAAAAUUCAUCGAAGAAGAUAUAGUAUUAUCUGUUAGUGUAAACAAAGCUGACUGUUUGGUAACUGAUUCCAAAGGAAAUCCUUUUUUUGCUGACAUUAAUCCCCUUUCUACCUAUGUAAUCCAUCGCCUGAUACAGUUUUUCGACCUUACUGUGUGUCUCGAUCGUGCGGGACCUAACGGUUACGUCGAAGUUUACGAAGAUCCUAUCUCCUAUCGAUUUAGCAUGUCUUGUUUCGUUCAGAUAGUUUGUGCACCUAACACUAAUUCAUCCUUGAUAAACCAAGCACUACUCACUAACUUGAAAAUACACUGUCAAAAUUUUAUUGCGCAUAUAAGUCCAGCUCAGAUACCUUUGUUAUGUCGACUUGUUCAAGUUCUUCUGAAUAUCACUACAGAAACAUUUGAUUGGUCUAUUUUAGAGCUUUGUUCCGAUAACUGUGCCAAAAGUGAAACAGGUGGUGUAGAAGAUAUUAACAUUAAGAACAGUAAUUUAAAUUACGAAUCUGACGGAGUAGAUUAUGAAAAGCAGUCUUGGGCUUCUUGGGUGUGGUCCUUUGUGCCCAGUAUUCUCACAGUUACAGAAGACUCGGAUGAGUCAGAGAAUGAAUUUACUGAUCGUGACUCAGAAGAGAAGCAGUUAGAUACUGAUUCUGUAAAAGAGCUUAUCAAAUGUAUCUUAGAAGAUGCCUAUGAGCGAGAGGUGGUUGUUGAUCUAUCAACUAAUGAUCGCAACAUGAAUACUACUGUAAAUCCUGUUGCGGAAAUUCAACAAACACCUCAGUUAUAUGAUCCAUAUGCUUUCCAGGAGUUUGGAAACAGCACUUUCCAGUCGAACAUUUGUAAGACAAGUAAUGAAGAAAAUUCAUAUUUAAGACGCAGAAAGAUUCGCCGCCUACGUCGUUCUGUUGUGUUGGCUCCUGUUUUCGUAAUCGGGAUUUUCAUUGAUAAACUUGAUUUAGAUAUAUCACUGCCAUGUCCCGAAGGUUUUUCUUGCUCAUCUUCAAAUUCGGGUAUCAGAUCACGCCGUGUCAAACGCCAUUUCCAUCAUUCCGUACCUGCGAUAAAAUGUGAAUUCACUGACAUCGCUUUCCAAACUACUUUGAGGGACGUAUAUUUUCGGCUUGUUCAGCUUGGAAUUCGUGGAUUUCAAUGUUAUCCUUUCCAGCACAACAGAAAUUCUAAAUGUUCUUUAUCAAAUACUUGUAUGGUAUACGAUGACAAUUUAAGUAAGAAUCGACCAAAUUUCAUAUCACUUGGAUAUUGUCGGGUAGAUGCCGAUUCAUCUAUAUCGGAAUCAUUUUCGCAUCCGCGUGAAAUAUUUUACUCCGCUCUGUCACCACAAUCUUCUGAUCAACCUAGUACAUGUUCAAAAGAUAACCAGAAAUCAUCGGAAUCUUACUAUUCACCGAUACUGACCUUAGGUGAUUAUAGCAAAUAUAUAACAGAUAAAGAUAUUCGUGCACAUUAUCCAGCAAUCUGGUUCGAUUCCGUUUACUCACUGAACUUGAAUGAAUCCAAUGUUACACCUUCUGAUCUUCCACCUGUUCGUCAGUACCAAGUGAGUGGAGUGCGAGAGUCUAUUCAAAAUCGCUGUCUCAUUGGUUCGUAUUCCGUUGAAGUAUCACCGAACUUAGUUCACCGUCUGGAGGGUUUGAUAAAUGCUUAUAGAAAUUCUCAUCCGUAUCCUCCGUGUUCAAUUACAGUAGAAGAUGGUAUCUCUGCGUUUGUACCGAGUGAUUUAUCUAUAUCACGUUUCUCUCAACAUAUUUCCACGUGUAAUACACGAGUGGAUGUGAAUGCUGGGACAAUAUUUGUACAUGCUUCUCAUAGUUUUUCAUAUGUUUGCUUGGAUCAUAUUUCGUUGUUUUGUCGUUCACCUAUUUAUCCAUAUGAUAUUGUCCACAUUAUGACUCGUCAAAAUAUUCCAGCUUAUUUGUUUAAACGUAGCUGUGAAUUUAUCCAAAUGGAGUUGGGUAGUCCAAUGAAAUCUGUUGAUGAUUGGUUACAGGAUAUACAUUCAGGUGUACAGAAUUUAUCUAGUAAAGAGUGGAAUAAACAGCUAAUAGCUUACUGUUAUAACCGAAUGAUUAUUAAGUUCGCUGGUAUUUGCAUUGAUUUGAUCUCAAAUUCCCAAGUGCACCAUUGUCUAGAAGAUACACAGUUCACUGCCAAUGAUAGUAUGUCAUCAAUUUUCAAAUUAGUUAAUGCUGAAUGUAUGCUGUGGACAUUGAGUUAUCCGCAUUUGUGGAAUUCACCUUCUGUAAGUCAUUUCGAGUACCGGUUAAUGUUGGCGGAUACAAUGGAAAUGAAUGUUUCUGUACAAACUGUUGGCUAUCUUUCGUGUAUUAUAAGUAAUCUCUUCUAUCAGUUACUUCACUUGAAAACCUAUUGUAACUCCCAAUGCAAAGAUCUUUAUUUGCCUCCAGUGCACCAGUAUCACCUGCAAAAUGACUUCCAGUCAGAUGGUACAAAAUGUUGGAUAUGGAGUACUAGACUACAUGGAGCAGCCAAAUUUCGUCUCUGUUUCACUAAAUUAGUUUCUGUUCUACAAAUCAGUUUGGAAACAAACUUACUAAUGUACUUGAAUUGUUUGGAUGAAAAGAAAAUUUGUCCAAUUAUGGAGAGAAUGCUUGAUGAAUCAAGUGAUCAUAAAGGUUCCUCGAAACCAUUGUUUUGUUUGGCUGUUCAAAUUCCGUAUUCACUGGAUGCUUCACCUGCUACACCUAGUAUUUUUCAUGCAUAUUUGGACAAGAUUGACUGCUUAGUUACGCCUGAACUGUUCAACUGGUUUGUCUAUCUAAGACUACCAGAUAUGAAACAUGAAAUACACUCUUGCCAAAGCUUUUAUGAGAAUGCGAAUAUAACAGCUGAAUGCCCAACAGUAGUUAGAACACCAGAUUUUAUGAAAAGAAAGUGUCAAUUAUACAAUGGAUCACAAAGUGGCUCUGAUAUCAGCUCUAAGGAAUUGGUAAAAGCUAAUAUUAUUGGUUCAUCAUUUUCUACCUAUUCAUCUGUCAUUUCACCUACAUAUUCGUUGGCUAUUGGGAAUAUGGCCCAAUGGAAAGAAGUCUGGAAACGUUUAUCUUAUUGUGAAAAGAUUUUCAGGAACUCUAAAAUUCAGGUUCUUUCAAAACAUAUACGAAUAUUCACUACGAUCAAUCAUUGUUCGUCAAGUUUAUCUGCUGAUGUAGAAAGUAAGAAUCAUCAAAACCUAGAAACUCUACUAACGCAAUAUGAUAACACUUUUCUGUUGUUUGGGAUUUCUCAGUUAUACUUCUCCAACUAUUCUUGCUCAGAAAAAGUUAUCAAGGAUGGAUUUUCACCGACACCACUUGAUGACAUUGUUUUCAGUAAUUGUUUAUGGUCAUGUGCGGUAUUUGAGCUACCAAUGGUCUCAAUAUCGGAAAACAGUUAUAUAUUGCCGUCGAAUAUACACUGGACAUUUUCUGCUGGUCAAAUAUAUUUACUUAUGGAAAACACUUUAGUUUCUGCUGGUCAUGUGUUGGCAAAUUUAGAUUUCAAUCAUAAUCAACCACUUGAUUCCAAUACGCUGGAUGAAACUCAUUCUCGUAAUCCAGUAACAGAUGGUAGUAAUUUAAUGACUAUAAAUAUAAUUAUUAAUGUUAGAUUGGAUCAUGAACUGAGCUGUUUGCCUUCUCAGACUUACAAAAUACCAGAUUUCAAAGUUUUAAGUCAAACGGUGAAUACCAUCCAAUUUUGCUAUAAUGGAUUAUUCGGUAUUGUUAUUCCCAAGCUUUUGGAUUUUUCAACUUUAAUUUGUGAAACAUCCAAUAGACCGUUAUCAAGAAAACAUUACACUAGGGAUUCUCCUGACCAUCGUUGUAAUACCAAGUGUAUACCUGUUUGUGUUAAUUCACCUGCAAACACAUCUUCACUAAAUAGCAUUUCUAUUAUUGACGAGUCAUGUGUAGAUAUAUCAACAAUGGGUCACAAAACAAUUUCUAAUCCAACUGGGAAAAUAAAAACCAGUCGGUCAGUAGUAAGUUCAUCUUAUUUACCUUCAAAUAUUAGUGGUCAUCCAACUAAAGUGAAAACCUCAGAAAUUGCAAAUUCAUCAUCUUUAAAGUGUCAAGAGAUUCAAUUCAAUAUCAUACUACAGGCCAAAUGUACUUUGAUCUGCGCUAAUGGUCAAAUAAUGCUGACACGGUUUAUUCAGGAAGCUGAUGAACAUCCUGUUUUACAUUGGACUCUAAAUGAUGUACAGUUUACCCUAGACUUGCAGAAAGAAUGUUGUUCUAUUGAUUUUCAAGUGGGCUCGUUUGCAGUGUUAAUUAGAAAAUCAUCAAGAUCAGAGAUCCCAUUGUUUACACUACUAGAAAAGGAUAUUCAACCUCUUCAACUUCUCCAACCUUAUUUGAAUGCAACCUAUGACUCUGACAAUAGAAGAUAUAUGUCUCCUGAAGUCCAACGUCAGCAAUCUGACAAAUCUUGUUGGCUUGAAAAAAAUUAUAUUCCCUUGAUACCUCUAAAUGCUCGAAAACGUCAUCGCUUGAAUUCUAAUCUCAGCAAACCAGAAGAUAAAUCAAACAUCGGACAAAAUUUCUUUCGAAUGGUGUUUACACGAACCUGUUCAAAAUAUACUACAACCUCUGAUUAUUUUUCUGCAUCUCAAUCAGAUUUGUCUGUCCUUGACAACAACUCAAGUAAGGUAUAUAAUAUGCACCAUGAAAAUAAUAUUCAAAUUAAUGUUCGACCAUUAGAUAUUGUUAUCAUUCCAGAAGUAAUGUAUGAAAUUACAAGUUUUAUUAAUGAUUGUGUGAAUUAUAAGGGAUCAAUAAUUCAUUCUUCUUUCACACUAUGCAAUGCAACAAAAGGUAUUAGAUCGACACUACCGUUUUUAACUACUCACUCAAUGCCGAUCAUCAAUGCUACAAUUGAUUCAUUUCGACUGUUCUAUUUAUUGUCUGGGUUAACUGAGCAUAAGGAGAACAUAAGAAAUCCAAAUGCGUUAAUGCUAUCCUGUGAUUUUAUUCAAGUCCAGCCAUUACUAGAAAAUUUCAUUGAAAGACCAUACUUUCCAAAUGAAGUCACUUUGAAACAAUCAUUCUCGUCCAAAGUCGCUGUGAUUUCUGAUGAUAGACAAAUUAUUGUAACUGCCAACUGUAUAAAUAUUGUAGCUGUACCUUUUGAAUUUAUGUGUAAUGUGAAAAACAAUGCUGACUAUAGUUUGUCUAGUUCAAAUGCGAUUUCUCAAAAUCCAGCAAAAGAUUGGAAUCGUUUAGCCACUUUAAGUGAUGUGGAUGAUCCUCUGUAUGGUUGGUCCAUUGUACAUUCAUUCCAUGUUUCAGCUACCUUUGCACCUGCCCUUAUGAAAUAUGAAAACUCUGAAUCAUAUACUUACAGUGGAUAUUCCAUGGAGUUAUCUUUGAUGAAUGAUUUGUUAAUAUUAGCUGACUGUGAACUUAUUUCACAUCUUGUACAAAUAGUACCUUCUAUUUCUUCUGCAUGUAAUGGAGAAGAAUCAUCUUCACAAUCUUCAUAUCCAACAUUGCUUGAGAGGUUGUUUUUCUCAAGUGAUUCUGAUAGUCUGCUAUCGACUCCAAGCCGUCUAUUUAUAACAGCUCGCCACAUCAUAUUCCUUAUGUGGAAACCGAUUGACAGUACUCUUUUAGCUGAAUUCACUUGCCAAAUCAAUCAACCUCACAUAAUUAUGAAUAUAGCUGGUAGGAAUAUGAAUGCUUCUAAUCAUUUGGAGUUUUCAAUAAAUACUCUGCAGGUGGACUGUCGACAAGGUGCAUUGAAAUCUCCAUGUGCACUAUGUAAACCGAUUGUAAUUAAUAAGUUUAUGCGUAGAAAGUGUGUAAGAGAGCCUGUUGUCAUUAUUAUCCCCUGUGAAACUGACAUAAAUGUGUCAUCAUCUGUUGAUGGAGUAAACAAUGUACAGCACUGUAGCUCAUCGGUGUUUUGGCAUUCUAGUCCCAGUAAAACAAAUUCACGUACUGGUAUUACGGUACCGUAUUUAUCAAUUACAUGUAUUCAACCUCCUCGAUCUGAAUGUUCAUCUACACUCGAAGAUCUUACAACAAAACAGAGUAAUCGUUUCAAAGUAUGUAUUGUGGUUGGGCAGGAUCAGUCUUUAUGUAUUCGAACAAGUACAGUUUCGGCUAUCUUACACUUUUUCAAAUUCUUUCAUGAAUUACUCGAAGUCAACUGUGACUGUAUAACUGACGACGAUGCUUUCGAUGCAAAAAAUAUCCCUACUUCAUCUGUUCACCAGUCUUCAUUACUGAGAUCAUCAUCCACUGCAAAACUUCUUCAUGUUUUACACCGAUACAUCAACACGAUUAACGUGGAUAUUAAUCCCAUUCGAGUCGGUUUACGAUUUCAGGACGCGACCGAAGAGAUUAUCCACUCUGGUAUUUUAGAAUUUAGAGUAAAGCAAAUUUCAACUGUGAUUCAGCUAAGUCCUAUUCACUUAGAAUCGUCAACUUCAACUCAGUUUUGUCUGACGCUGUCAUCUUUAUCUGUAGUUUAUUUUUUAAGCAGAGGUAUUACUGAAAGUAUUGGUAAUACAAAGGAAGAUUAUGGUCGAAUAGAUUAUGACAAACCAGUUUAUCUUUUAUGGCCUAAUGCGAGUAUUGUUGUUGGGCUAUCUGUCAAUACUAAACACUGUACGCACAAUCCCGAUAUACCUUCUGUCUAUUCAUUUGAUAAAGUUGGUGUUCACUUUCAAACUGAUUCUGGUCUACGCAUCCAUCUACCGGUUUGUGAUUAUAUCAAUGAUUAUAUUAAAGUGAUUGUUACUACAACAAUUAAUCUUGUACAAUCAAAUCAGAUCUGUAAAAAGCUUUGUUUAAGACCUGUUCAUUUCAAAAAGGACCCUAAUGCUGUGUGUUUAUAUUGUUUAACCAGUGAUCCUUUAUUAUACACAGAUGAUUUACGUAGACACUUUACUUAUCACAAUUAUACGCCUGUAUCAACAUCAUCGUCACCAUCCUCAAGUCAAAUUAUUUCUGCAACCCAUAAGGAAGAUGAUAGUAGUCAACACCAGUUUGAAUUAUCUACUUCUCAUCCACUUUGGCCAUGGGUAUUGAAUCAGAAAUUAUGGAGACAGUCACCUUUAAAAGCUCAUCCACUACCGUUACCAAAUGAAAUUGUAUUCUACAAUAAUCUCUCAAAUGAUUUUGAUAUUGCCGAAGAAGAAAAUCGUUUGCAUGAACCACAGUGGUUAGGUAUAACUUGGAUGUCUAAUGGAGUGUGUACACCGAAUUAUUUGAGAAUACUUCCUGUUCCAUUUGAACCAUUUGCACCAAAAUUGAACAAUACUCAUUCACCAAAUGGAUUGGAACUUCAAUGUUAUCUGCAAUAUUGGGAACCAUUGUUCCAGUAUAACGGAAGCUUCGUAACAUAUUGCUCCUUUAUUGUCAGUGAUAGUCAAGUCAAUCAAUACGAUCUAUCAAAGUUUAACUCAUCAGCUCAACGCGGAUCCGUACCCACCUCUAUGUUUGCGCAUAAAGGAGUUUCUAGUUCUCCGACAAGUAGAAAUGUUUUUGUUACUGAAAACAGACCACAAACUAAUCUUAAUGAAGACAUAAAAAUGGAUGAAGUUUCAUAUUCACCAUCCUCCGUGCAUGUAACUAAACCAGUAGCAGCUAUUUGGAGAAUUCUUGUUGAUUUACGAGUGCGUCCAGGUUCAAACACUGCUAAUCCUUCGGUCAAUGAGAAUCAACCAGUUGCUUUGGCUCGUCUAACGCCUAUGAGUUUAUUAGGUGCUAUUCAGUUGAAUUCUGAACACUAUCCUAAUGGUCAUCCACUUGAUCGUUCUCUCAUUGUUAGAUGUCAAAUGUUGAAUGUAAUAUUCUCCUUGAUUGAACAUAAAGCAAUGGGUGUGAUAGUGUUGGGGGCUUAG